AUGUUGUUACAGGUGUUGUUGCAAGAAAACUGUAAUGGUAAGCAUCAUAUUUCAAUUUGUGAUAAAAAAAACAAUGCUGGAGCUUAUGUAAACUCAAAUUCAGAUAAAACCAUACCAGACACCUCAGUCAAUGUUGUUGGUUGUCAAGAUAAUAUUCUCCUACAAACUGCAAAAGCUGAAAUAUCAGACACAAGCAACUCAAUAAAGAAAACUAAAAUUGUUGCAAGAGUGUUAUUUGAUAAUUGCUCUCAAAAGUCCUUUGUGACAUCUGAUGUAAGAAAGAAGUUGAAUCUCAAAACUAUUCGAAACGAAGUUCUAAAUGUAAAAGUGUUUGGAGAAAGCUGUGAAAAGCCUCGAAAAUUUGACCUUGUCAGUAUUAAAAUUAAAAACAUCCAAACCAAUCAUUAUUCUACUAUCGAAGCAUAUGUUACACCAAUCAUAUGCUCUCCUAUUAUCAAUCAACAAAUCAACCUUGCAAAAUUGCAGCACACAGAAUUAGCCAAUAUACCGAUAGCUGAUGAUUUCAAAGAUGGAAAAGAAAUUGACAUAUUAAUAGGUGCAAAUUACUACUGGAACUUUGUAACAGGACAAUUAAUUAGAGCAAACCAAUCACUAACCGCAGUAAACACAAUUCUUGGUUGGACCCUUAAUGGAAAUGUUAAAUCAAUUAAUUCUGCUUCUGUAAAUAUAGCAUCUGUUCUUCAUACAUCUUCUGAACCAAUCUUAGUUAAUUCUGACGAUCUUGGCAGUCUUGGUAAAUUCUGGGAAUUAGAAGAUAUUAAUGAAAUAAACACAACCUUUGACUUAAAAAAUUUCUAUGACAAAGUCCAGUUUAAUGGUAAGAGAUAUUCCGUACCUCUACCUUGGAAACAAGAACGCAAACAGAUUCCAGAUAAUUAUGAGAAAAGCAAACUCAGAUUGCUAUCCACUUACAAUCGUCUCAAGAAAAAUCCAAACUUAUUGCAACAGUACAAUGAGAUUAUACGUAAGCAGGAACAUGAAGGAAUUAUAGAAAGAAUCCCCGAUUUUCCACCACUCGUAGGACAAGUCCAUUAUCUUUCGCAUCACGCAGUAAUCAAAGAGGAAAAGUCUACCACAAAAUUACGAAUUGUCUUUGAUGCAUCGUCAAAUAGUCCUUCAUUAAACGAUUGUUUGGAAAAGGGUCCUUGCCUGCUUCCCAUGUUAAUUGAUAUUCUUAUAAGAUUUGGGACUUACAAAAUAGCAGUAGCUAGUGAUAUCGAAAAAGCAUUUCUCAACAUUGCUGUAAACAAAAAUGAUCGUGACUUUUUGAGAUUCUUGUGGUUCGACAAUGUAAACAACAGCAAUCCAAAAGUUAUCUCUUAUCGCUAUACUAGAGUACUAUUUGGUAUGAACUCGUCACAAUUCUUAUUAUUAGUAUCUAUCAUGAAACAUUUAUAUCAAUACAAACAUUGCGAUCCAGAAUUUGUGAACAAUUUCUUAAUAAAUUUAUAUGUUGACGAUAGCAUUGCAGGAGGAGAUACAUCAAAUGAGGUACUCGAAUUUUGCCUCAAAGCAAAAUCACGUCUAAAGACAGCAGGGUUAAACCUUAGAAAAUGGCGUUCAAAUAACAGUCGCCUUAUUUCAAAUAUAUCAUCUUUCAAUCCACAAGAUCACCCAAGUACGGAAAGAAAAAUCCUAGGCAUCACAUGGGACACUGGUCAUGACAAAUUGUCAAUUAAUCUAACUAAACAAUAUGAAGCUGGAACAAAUAAAAGAGUCACAAAGAGAAAUAUUCUAAAAAUUAUUGCAUCUAUAUAUGACCCAAUCGGAAUCAUUUCUCCCUUAAUUUUACCACUAAAGCUCAUUUUUCAAAAAAUAUGCACUACAAUAAAAAAUUGGGACCAGGAGCUAAAUGACGAAUUAAAAAAUGAGUGGAAUCAGUUAAUGCAGUUAUUAUCUUGUAAUCUUGUGUAUGAGUGGCAUCGCUAUUUCUUUAAAGAACAUUUAAUAAAAAACUUAACUAACAUAACUAUACAUGGCUUUUGUGAUGCCAGCAAAAGUGCAUACGCAGCUGUAGUUUUUAUAACUGCCCAAACUCCUGAUAAACAGAUUCUAGGUAGACUUAUUGCCAGCAAAACAAAGAUCUCUCCGCUAAAACCUACAUCCAUUCCUCAAUUGGAACUGUCUUCUUGUCUACUGCUAUCUUCACUUAUGGCAUGUGUAAUUGAGUCUUUAAAUAGUACCCUUAAAAUAGAGAAUAUUUACUGUUGGAGCGAUGCAAAGGAUGCUUUAUGCUGGAUAAAGAAUAGUUCUGCAAACAGAAACCAAUUCAUUACAAAUAGAAUAACGAAAAUAAAGAAAAACAUUCCACCUAAUCACUGGAGAUUCUGCCCUGGCAAAAUCAAUCCAGUGGAUCUGCCCUCAAGGGGCCUCUCAAUCCUUAAAUCUGGUAAUUGGUUUGAAAAUUGGAUGAAUGGACCUGAGUUUCUUUAUCAAGAUCUCUCAUAUUGGCCGGCAGAACCAUCCGAUAUAUUCAACAAAAGUAAAACUGACGAAAUAUCAAAUCUUAGCGUGGUCGUAAAUGUAAACCCUACGAAAUUCAGCACAGAAAAUAGUGAAGUAAAAGAAGCUCUUGAAACCGGCGGCUUGAAUAUGCGUAAUGUAAUCAACGUUGAGCGAUUCAGUUCGUUGCACAAACUUUUUAAAGUUACAGCUUAUGUGUUAAAAUUUAUAAUUAGUCUUAAGCAUCUUAUAAAUAAAGCCAAUAAUCAGACAAAAUCUCUUUGCAUUGCGGAUAUUCGAAAAGCUGAAAUUCUUUGGAUCCGAACCUACCAGUGUGACCUUUCUAACAAAGUGGAAAUUCUGAACAACACUUUAGGUCUCUUCGUCGACGAGGAUAAAGUAGUUCGUUGUAAAGGACGGUUACAAAAUUCAAUACUGCCUUAUAAUGCUAAACACCCAAUUUUGCUACCAAGUGAAUCUUAUUUGUCAGAAUUAUUAAUAUGUCAGGCUCACAAACGAACUCUACAUGCAGGUGUAAAGGAAACUCUCUGCCAAAUAAGGUCAAAAUACUGGAUCCUACGAGGUCGUAAGCUUGUACGCUCAUUGAUAAACAAAUGUUCAUUCUGUAAAAGGUUGUUUGGGAAGGCUUUUACAUCUAAAGUGUCACCACCGUUGCCUCACUAUCGUGUCACUGCAAGUUUUCCUUUCCAGCAUACUGGAGUUGAUUAUUUAGGACCAUUGCACGUUAAACCGAUAUUCGAUGAUAAUUCUACUGAAAUAAGAGGAAUUCCAAAUCUUAUAAUAUCAGACAAUGCCACAUGUUUUAAGAAUGAAGAAGUUAAAUUAAGCGAGGAGCUUUUGUUGUUGGGAAUCGAUUGGAAAUAUAUUAUUGAAGCUGCUCCCUGGUGGGGUGGUUUUUGGGAAAGUCUAGUGCAAUCGGUCAAAAAAUCGCUACUCAAGGUUGUGUUUAGAAGUAGCAUCAGAUAUGACGAGCUGGAAACAAUUCUUUGUGAAAUAGAGGGUCUUCUCAACUCAAGACCAAUAACAUACGCUUACCAUGAAGACACUGAGGAAGUUCUUACCCCUUCCCAUUUGAUGCAUGGUCGAAGACUUAUUUCACCUAACGAAACUAAAGGGGCAGAUCUUGACAAGCUUGAAAGUAAGAUUCAGUUAACUAAACGAAUGAAAUAUUUAAAACUGAUACGUGAUCAUUUUUGGGUAAGAUUUACAAGUGAAUAUCUAGUUAAUCUUAGAGAAUUCCACAAGCAGGGAUCCAGUAAGAGUCGAUCGAUUGAACUGGGAGAAAUUGUUGUUAUUCACUCUGAUAUUAAAAGGUACAAAUGGCGAUUAGGAAAAGUAGUGUCACUGAUUACGGGAAGCGAUAACAUAGUUCGUUCUGCAAUAGUAAAAGUCUUAACAGAUAAAACAAACAAACAAAAUUAUAUUAAGCGUCCUAUCGAAAAGCUAUACCCUAUAGAAGUCAAGUCAGUCGAAACAGUAACUGAUACAGAGCUAAACGCCAGCAACGAUGCUGUAGAUGAAAGUAACGAUUUGUCUGAUACGAAAUACGAAAGACCUGUACGAAUAGCAUCAAGAAACGGAAUACUAAUAAGACGCUUAAUGGGACAAUUUUAA